AUGGAAAAUUGGUCGGUUGAUCAAGUCUGCAACUGGUUGAGACAGAGAAAUUUAGGAGAACUAGUUCCUAAGUUUCGUGAAGAAGAAGUAAGUGGAGCAGCUCUUCUGGCUCUUAAUGAUCGUAUGGUGCAGCAGCUGGUGAAAAAGAUUGGGCACCAGGCAGUGCUGAUGGACCUGAUUCAUAAAUACCAGCAACAGAAGAGUGGGCUGGAAUCCCUCACAUACUCUUGUGAAACAGCUUCUCCAAAACUUCCAGAAGUAAUCAGUGGAAAAAAUCUGAAAUCAUUUUUUGCAAGAUACAAGACGUUGCAAUGGACAAGUUCUUAUGCUUUACCAGACUUCCCUUACGAUGUCAAGUGCCUAUUGGCAGAAAAAAAAUGCCCCGAUCACAGUAUGAGAAUAAGGAUUAUUGAAUUUUUACAAGCGGACAUGACAAAAUACCUACAAGGAUCACUGUAUCCCAACAGUCAGCAAUACAACAUUGUUGUCAAUGCUCUGCUGCAGGCGUACCCGUUCCUUGAUGAAGAUGGGAAUGGCUUUUUGCUAUGGAAACGGGCCCUUAAAGAUCGUUUCAAAUAUGUGCGGAGACCCAUUGAAGAUGAUGAGCAAGUCCUGAGAAACAAAUGCAAGUUUGGCCACAGGCGAGGGCAGACCAGGAAAUCUUCAUUUGCUGAAAACAAACCUGAUGACGUCCAGGUGCAGGCAGAGGAAGAACCUGUUCAUCUUGAAGGCAGUGCAAUGGAUGUACACAUCAAGUGGCUUAAGCAAGAAUAUAUGAAAACUCAAAGGAACUGGAAAGAAGUGGAUAACAGAAUGAAUGUGACAAUAGAAAUACGGAGGAAGAUGAUCAGCGAUAAGGCACCUUUAAAAGACAUUCUUAGGUUAUUUCCUUUCUUAAGAUGCCCUUAUCAGCUUUUUAGGGAGUUCCAGCUUCUCACACACACGGACAUUUAUAAGAAAACAGUCGAGAUCUUGGAGAUUUAUUCAGAAAACAUAUUAUCUUUGUAUGUGGUGAGGAAUAAUCCAAUUAACAUUAUGCUGCAAGAAAAUCUGAAGCGGCACACAGAGGAAGACAUUCUGAAAUAUAUGAAAAUGACUGCUGCAUGUUUACUCCUGCCAGAUGUCUUUGGAGAUGAUUCCAGUCUGUUUGCUGCAGUGAACGAGGAGGUGAAGGUGCUGACACCAGUGUUGGAAGUAAAAAACCCCUUCAACAUGAAUUCAUGCGAAUUUGCGCUGUACGUGGAAAGAGAAGAGCUAGCCCAGCUCGAUGACUGCACCAUGGCCCUGGCUGCGCUGGUGGCCGCAUUUCAUGUGUUCAAUAUCCCGCGCCCAAAGAGAAUCCAUAGGACGCUCAACUUCCUGGAGUCCCUGGUGUUUGAGGUGAGGAGCCCAGCACCCCUCCCCACCCAGGUAAAGAGCAGGCUGGAGGUACCCGAGCAUCCCAGUAUCUGA